UCAUUAAAGUGCGCUGCUUCAUAAAAGAAAUACUACACUGCAAGGGAGGAAGUUCCUAGUUUUAAGAAUUUUGAUUUAACUUGUGUCAGGUAAACUCGAUAGAGGUUACAUUUAGUCAGACUAAUACCAAAAACCGCACUCGUACAUUUCAGGGUUAUGCAAACAAACUGAGCUGCGAUAACGACGAGAAAAAGACUUUUAGAGAUAUUUAAAAAAUACGUUAACGGGACCAUUAUUUUUUUUAUUUAUUAAAGUCAUUAGACUUACGUUGACGUCAAUUCCUCAAAGAAAUAAAAACUUUAAAUACACGUAUUAACGUUAUUAAUGUAGUUUUAUUAAUAACUGUAGCAUCGUUCAGAACUCAAACAUCGACCGUUACUUAACAAUUACAUCUUCAUGAAAACUACUGUUUGACAGCAUCGACUCUUGCGUCAUAUUUCUGCGCCACGUGCGCUGCAACCGUGGAGGACAUCGAGCAUGGGACACCUUGGCAUUUUAUUUCUCCUGUUUUCAUCGCUGACCCGCAUUCAUAUUCAAGGUGUUUCACCUCACUCUCUUCCCUCCUGCCGUGAACAGCAGGAGUUUAGGUGUAAUGAUGGCUCGUGUAUUCCUAGACUGAAUGUGUGUGAUGGACACAAACAUUGUGUGGAUGGAUCAGAUGAACACCGCUGUGGUCACCUGGUACCACGCCCACAGAUGCCUCCCACAUGCUCAGUGUCAGAGUUUCAGUGUGGAAACGGGCAGUGCAUCCAUCAGGCCUGGAGGUGUGAUGGGUCAUCGGACUGCUCCGAUGGCAGCGACGAGGAGAGAUGUGAUCAGAAUGAGUGCAAGGUCAAUAAUGGAGGUUGCUCUCAUCAGUGUUUGGAUCAGCCGAUGGGUUUCAUCUGUGCCUGCCCUGAAAACAUGAAACUGAUCCGAGACAGCCAGUGUGAGGAGGUCAAUCCAUGCCUAGAGCGUGAUGUGUGUGAUCAGCUGUGCAUUCAUGUGAACCACAGCCUCACCUGCAGCUGCCAAGAGGAAUACCGGAUGAACUUUACAACUAGAGAAUGCAAGGCCAAAGGAGAUGAAGCUCAGCUGGUUUUCACCUCAUCUAAAGGUAUGCGAUGGAUCAACUUCAAUGGCACUGAGUACAGGGAACUGACCCCCCACAUAUCGGGACCAGGGCCAGUGGCAGCGUUGGCCUCUAACCGAACACUUUACUGGGCCCGGCAGGGACCAGGCUCAGCCUACAGGGUCUCUUUGGAUAAAAAGCAGCAGGAUCCAGUGUUGGUGCAGAGAGUUCGAGGUUCAAUCUCAGGCCUGGCUGUGGACUGGAUCCACCAGCUCCUCUACUGGACCAAUAAUGAGACCGGUUCUGUUAAUGUUGGCCUCCUGGAUGGUUCAUUUCAGCGUCCACUAAUCACAGGACUGGACAAACCUUCUGCAGUGGCUGUGCAUCCUCUGAAAGGGAUGCUUUUCUGGGCUCAGUGUGGGAGAUCUCCAGAGAUUUGGAGGUCCAGCUUAGACGGUCAGAACAGAACCACUUUGGUCAGCAGUGCAAUACGCCGACCUGUUGCUCUCUCUUUGGAUAUGCCUCGGCAGUUGCUGUACUGGGUUGAUCAAACUAUGAGGAGCAUUUCUAGAGUUGACCUUGACGGCCGUCAUCAUAAAACAGUGGUGGAGUCCAACGGUUAUCUGGAUCGGCCGUUUGGACUGGCUGUGUUUGAGGGUUUUGUAUAUUGGAGUGAUGAAGUGACAAACUCCAUCUGCAGAGCCAACAAACACAACGGUACUAAUCUCCAAGUUCUGCUGUCAAACGCCUCCUCUCCAGGUGGCCUGGUCAUCAUCCAUACUGCACUCCAACCAAACGGCCCCUCUGAGUGCAGAGAUCUUGGGAUGCUGUGCCAGCACGACCUGCUGUCUCCGAGUCUGGACUUCAUCCAUAAUUCUUCUGAAACAGGACAAAACAAAUCUGAGGAGCUCCCGGGCAUUUCUCGCACAGUUCCUGCAUCAACUUUAUCGGAUCCUGCAUUUGCUGGAGUCCUUUCUCUUAUCAUGUUUCUCAGUGUGAUGCUGGUGGGAAUGGCUCUGUGGUGGUGGCGGGAGGAGCUCAGCCCGUCCUCAUCGCUCACUGAGCAGAGUUUUUCCCUCAAAGAGUCCCAGGACCCUCUGAUCAUUCAGGAGCCACCCAUGGGUCCAAAAACACAGCCAGUCAAGGAAACUCUGCUUAAGCUGGACUUGGAAGGGGAAUGAAGGCGGCGUGUCACACAUGGUCAGCAGACCGGGCUUCCCCCUCAGCCACCUUAACCCAGUGGUGACCUGAGGGCUGAAGGGAUGACUGGACAGCAAAGCACCUGAAAUGACUUGUGAAAUGACUCUUACGGUAAAUAUCAGAGGAGGGAGGGCAUUCAGAUUCAAGGACUACUUUCAGCUCUUGUGGUACAAGAGGUUUUCUUGGUUGUUAUAGAUGUUUUUGCUCUGAAAGCUGAGAGCAGCACUGAAAAAACAUCUCCCAACAGUGUUAAAAGCCUUAAUUUUUAUUUCUGUUAAGUAGCACAGUCCUAAAGUGGAUGCAGGUUUUUGUUGCACUUCAGUGUGAUUUGUUUGGAUUGAACAGUUCUUUGAGUGAUAGCUUCCUCUUUCAGAGAAAUAAUAUCGACUGUAAAGAAAAAUAAUAUAUUACAUCUAAACGCACACUUUCUGUUUUAAGCUUCUAAAAUCUGAGGAUAAGAGAAUGAGAAUGUUGGUGAAGAUUUGCAGACCAAACCAAUACUCGAUGGAUGGAAAACAAUGGUCUGAAACGGUUGUGAGGUGUUUAUAUGGCAUUAUUUAGCUGCACUUUUUCUUUCUGAUGCUUGAAUGUUCCAUCUUCUUUCUAACUUUUAUUUUUGCAGUGUAACUGCUGAUUUUCCAUCAAACAGGUGCGUGAUAAAUUAUUCAACUGCAUCAGGAGAAAAGUAGUGAGUCACUGGUUGGUCUUGGGCGUCUGCAUUUGCCUGCUUUUGGUUUCUCAGUUAUGACUGAGAGAUGCAUCAAUGUUUGGCGAAUGUAUGCUGCCUUUUGAUACAUAAUAUAACGGAUUAAUCCACGCUCUAUAUUAAAGAAAUAGUGCAUUUGACAUUUUUAUUUCAAGUUUUCUUGUUAAGACUCAAGUGACAAGUGUAGCACUUUUGUAGAGCGGCAUCUUGCUGCAGACCUCUGCAAUGGGGCGACCUCGACUGUGGGGUGGGAAGUGACGUACCAACCUUUUUCUGUUUUUUUCUUAGUCUGUGGAGUGUUAUUUUUCAUCGUUACCCCCACCCCUUUACCUGACCCUAACCUUAAGGGUUUGGGUGCCUUACCUUAACCCCCCUUGGGUUCCUUAGUUUGUGGUGUGUUUUUUUAAAUUUAUCCCUUUCAGUAAAUGUUGGAUUUUUAUUUAUGAAAUUCUGCUGUUGUGAAAAAUAGCCACUUACUGUAACCUCUGAAGCAAUUUAAAAAAAGUCAUUCAGUACCUUAUUCUGGUUCCAGCUUGGGUAAUGUACGUCACUUACCACCCCAGUGGUCGAGGUCGUCCCAUUGUCCCAGAUGAGCCCAAAUCGCCCCUCCAUAGAGGUCUGCAGCCAGAUCCUUUUGGGUGGUUACUGUGGGUGUACAAUUAUGUAUCUACAGCCAUACUGAAGUCUGUGCUUGUGGUCUUGUAAGAAUGGAAGACAAAUGAGGAACCCAAAAUACUUUAUUUUAUAUUUAAGUUUUUUUUGUACAUCACUGGUGUUGGGCCAACCUUGUAUCUCCAUUUUCACAAUUUUUUCCCCAUAAAUCAGUGCUACUGGUCACCCUUUACAUCUGCCAGUAACCCUACAGCAAUAAAAAGUGUCUAAAAGAUGCUGUGACCCUCAGUGUUAAAUUCUUAGAAAAGUACUGUUUUUUUUAAUCCAUGAAAUGUGGUGAUUGUGGAGAUAGGAGGUUUUGACCUGAUGCCAGUGAUUUAUAAAACAAAAGAGAUGAAAUAAGUAUACUUGGAGAUGCAUUCGUGCCACACAAACGUACAAGGCCUAUUUUUCUCUAUAAAGUUUACUUUUAAAACAGUUAUAAAUGAUGGAAUAUUUCAUAUGAUUUCCUCAUAGAUUUGAAUAAUAUUUAGUUAGAAAAAAUAAAAAACGGUAGGCUUAAAAGAGAGAUUUAGUUUGAUAAUAUAUGAAUAAAUUCUUUAUUAAAAAAUUGUUGCUAAAAUUGUAACAUAGCUGGCUCAAUGUAAAAUUGAUUAUAACUGGAUAGUUUUCACUGCCUUUUUUCACUUUGAACUGUAAGGCUUGCAGGAUAUUGAAUCUCUAAUGUGCCUCUACAUUAAGGUACAAGUAGCAGCUCUGACUUGUUAAACGGAACCCAGCAUGAUCAGACCAGUUCUUAGUAUUGGGUAUGUGUAUCUCUUAUAUGUAUAUUGAACAAUAAAACUUACUAUGUCUGCAUUUUGAGUAAAUUUAAACUUACCAACUCACCAGGAGGCCUCCACGUUUCUGUCCGCUCUGGUAGUGUGGCAUCAUUUGGUCACAGUGCUCCUUGGCCUGUACUCUGUUAUAUCACAACUUCUAUGCAAGGAAACAGCCACAGCUUUGAGACAUCAGUCUUGAUUUCCAGUUCAUUUGCAUGUUAACAAUUAAGAGCAUGCAGACUACCUGCAUGAGUGCCUGAAACACAUGUCUCACACACAGAGACUUUAGAAAAUUGAGGUCUUGUUUCUUUUUUCUUCACACUGUGAGUGGUUAUCAGCCAAAAUAGACACGAGAUGAUAAAGACAAGGCCAUUUUUACCUUCUUGUACCAAAUAUGUACCUCCAUAUUGAUAAAAUAUGUUUGCAGUCUCUUUCUUGUUGACCCUGGUGAAGGCUGCGAACUAAAAUGCAUCUGAUUAACAAAGUUGUUCUUUAAACUUUUACUAUUUGUGAACCUUUCUGUUUCCACACCAGUGCAAUACUUCAUAGUAAAAAUAAACACGGUAUGAGUACAGUUCUGGUUUGUGCUUUUCAAAGUGAAAGACUGCUUUCACAUUUCUUUGGAGAAACUCCCUUUUGCACAGAAUGCUUUAAUUUUGAAAAGUUCCCAGCAGGGUACCACUUAACACUUAAUGUAGUCAGUGAUUGGGAGAUUUAUUAAGGUAAAACUUAUGAAAAUGACAGAUCUUUGACUGCAGGGUGACCUAGCCAACAGGUAAACAGGCUGCAAGUGUGAAACAAACGGUUACUGCAUAGAAACAGUACAGCUGAGAAGAGCUGUGGCCAGAUGAAGUUGCAACCAGUUCAGACCAAAACAUGGCAGCUUCCUGGUGAGCUCAAAUGUACUCAAAAUGCAGAUAUCUAUUGAGUUUUUGUUCAGUAUACGUAUAGGAGAUACCAAUAUCUAUCCGAUAAGGAGAAUUUGUCUGAUCGUGCAGGGUCAGUGGUUUCCCACUUACUUCUGCUCAGCUAUUGAAAUCGACUUCUAAGAUAAAUUUCAUAGUCAUUGUUUAGAGUGUAAUUCAACCUGCAGUCCACUGCUGUUGAAAAGAAAUAGAGAAAACAAUUGUAAGCCUUUAAAAAGUUAUGCAUGAAGCAGUUUCAGGUUGUUGCGAAGCCUUCUGAGAACUAGUGCUACACUGGAAACGGUUCAGUGUCUUGUUUUGUCUCAUGUUUGGUUUGUUUUUCCUCUGGUGAACAGCCUGGUUUGUGUUGGAGUUAAUGUUUGGUUUAUGGACUGGCCUUAUUUAAAUGUAGUGUUUUUCUGUUGUGAUCAUCUUGAAGAAAUGUAUUUAAAUGUGAGGGGCUGAUUUGGAUCCAUCAGGUACGGAAGAGGAUUAGGGCCAUUUUCGAAGGAGAAAGUAAUUUUGGGCAGGUUGAGAUUAAAAUCGAAAUGAAGAGAAUAAAGUAGAAAUUUCGAGAAUAUAGUCAAAAUGACGAUAAUAAAGUCAAUCUCCACUGUUAGUAAUCGCAAGUUUCGACUUAUUUCUCGUCAUUUCAACUUAACCUUGAAAUUUCGACUUUAUUCUUGUCAUUUCGAGUUUAAUCUUGACUUACCCAAAAUUAUUUUCUCCUUUGAAAACGGCUCUAAUCCUCGUCCGUACAUCAGCAUUACUUUGAGAAAUAAUUCCGUUAGUAAGGUUGAACUGCCGAGUUUUUUGAAUGAUAUUUAUUUUCCAGCAGGAGUCAGUGUAGAAAUCUGGGUACAAAGAGCAAGGACAUGUUUGAUAGAUGUUGUAACUGAAUCAAAUAAAAUACUUUGUUUUUC